CCCACAAAUUUCUUACACAGACUGCGCUCCUGCAUUCCUGCUGCGUCUCUUUCAUGCUUCUUUCUUGAAAUUCUUCGCUAAACAACGCAGCCGGCUUCUGCUCUUGCUUCAUAGCCGUUCUUCUCCAUUCCCCGGCGACCGCCGCUUACUUCCGCUCCCCGUCCGCUAGCAACUAAGUUUAACCUCACAACUCCACUUCUUCACCAACUUCUCUUUGAGAAAGAAGUAGGUGAUCGUAGUGAAAGCGGAAAAGAGAAAUGGUCGGAACCCCGGCUACACCGGCGUCCAAGACCCGGAGAACUGUGCCGUCAACUUCUGGUGGCACGAGGGUUAGGGAGGAGAAAAUUUUGGUCACUGUGAGGAUGCGGCCGCUGAGCGGGAGAGAACAAUCGUUGUAUGACCUUGUAGCGUGGGAUUGUCCCGAUCAACAGACAAUCAUCCACAAAACUGCAAAUCCAGAACGGCCUACAACAGCCUACAUGUUUGAUAAAGUCUUUGAUCCUUAUUCAACAACUCAGAAGGUUUACGAACAAGGAGCUAAAAGUGUUGCUUUAUCAGUCCUCACUGGAAUUAAUGCUACUAUCUUCGCUUAUGGCCAAACCAGUAGCGGAAAGACGUUCACCAUGAGAGGGAUCACAGACCAUGCAAUCCAUGACAUCUUUCAGCACAUUGCGCAGGUUCAGGAGAGGGAAUUCUCUUUAAAAAUAUCAGCCUUGGAGAUUUAUAAUGAGACUGUUGUAGAUCUCCUGAACCGUGAAUCAGGUCCCCUUCGGCUUCUGGACGAUCCUGAGAAAGGAAUCAUUGUUGAAAAGCUAGUUGAAGAAGUGGUCAAGGAUAGCCAACAGUUAAGACACUUAAUUGGCAUUUGUGAAGCUCAACGGCAAGUUGGAGAAACUGCCCUCAAUGACAAAAGCUCAAGAUCACAUCAAAUAAUACGGCUGAAUCUGGUGGACCUUGCUGGAAGUGAACGUGCAUCUCAGACAGCUGCAGAUGGUACAAGACUUAAAGAAGGUAGUCAUAUAAAUCGCAGCUUGCUGACCCUCACUACAGUUAUUCGAAAGCUAAGUGGAGGAAAGAGAAGUGGCCAUGUCCCAUACAGGGACUCAAAACUCACUCGAAUUUUGCAGCAUUCACUGGGGGGUAAUGCACGCACGGCCAUUAUCUGUACUAUCAGUCCUGCCUUGAGUCAUGUGGAGCAAACAAGAAAUACUCUGCUAUUUGCAACUAGUGCCAAGGAAGUAACCAACAAUGCUCAAGUGAACAUGAUCAUUUCAGACAAAAAAUUGGUUAAACAUCUGCAGCAGGAAGUGGCCAGACUUGCGGCAGAGCUUCAAACACCAGAAACUUCUUCUGUCUCACUACUGAAAAAUAGUCUGGUGCAGAAGAACCUGAAAAUCGAGGAGGUAUUUAAGAAAGAUAAACUAUCUUCUUUUUUUUUUUGCAUAAUUGGUGGUUCUGAUUUUCAGUUGCAGAAUGAAUUAAAAGAGGCCAAGCGUCAGAGGGAUCUUGCAGAAUAUCAACUUGAACUAGAAAGAAAAUCGCGAAAGGAGCCAAAGGGUCUAAAACAAAGUGGGCCGUCUUCACAAGUGGCCAGAAAGCUUCCCUUUUCUGUAGAGGGGCAAAAGAGAAGUGCCAUUAGUAGGCAGGGUAGAUCUGUAAGGAAGUCUGCCACUUCCAAUGAUCCAUCCAUUCUUGUUCAGGAAAUACGAAAACUUGAGCAGCAGCAGAGACAGCUUGGCGAAGAAGCGAAUCGGGCAUUGGAGGUGCUUCACAAGGAGGUUGCCUCCCAAAGAAUGGGGAGCCAAGAGACUGCUGAAACCAUAGCAAAGAUGCUAUCUGAGAUUAAGGAUAUGCAUGUGGGGAGCUUUGUUCCUGAGGAAUCUAUGUUUGGAACAAAGGUCAACAGUCUGAAAGAAGAGCUCACCCGGUUGGACUCGCAAGAAAGCACCAUCAUCUCGUUAGAAAAGAAACUUGAUAAUGUUCAGAAGUCCAUAGACAUGCUGGUUUGCUCAUUCUCUGGGAUUGAGGAGACUCCAAAAAUGAAGGCACAACGAAGGAAGAAAAGGGCUCUACCUUUCACGUCAAGGAACAGCUCUAAUGUACAUCUAAUUCGUUCUCCUUGUUCACCUUUGGCAUCCUCUUCCCACUGUGGCGCAGUGGAUAAUGAGGUCGAGAACAGAGACCCCAAGAAAAGUAACCCAUUGUUUAGUGGCAAUACUUCAAAUGAAUGUACCCCGGUGAAGGCUGUUGGACAUACUGGUAACACAUCAUCUAAGGAAGGAACACCAUCCUCAAGGUCUUCAAAGUCGGUUAAUGUGAAGAAAAUGCAGAAAAUGUUCAAGAAUGCAGCUGAAGAAAAUAUAAGGAGCAUUCGAGCUUAUGUCACUGAGUUGAAAGAAAGGGUGGCGAAGCUUCAGUACCAGAAACAGCUUUUAGUUUGUCAGGUUCUAGAGCUAGAGGCAAAUGAGGGUAUAGCAAUGGAAACAGAUUAUCUGGACGAAUCUCCGGUGGCAUGGCACUUGGUGUUUGAGGAACAAAGGAAGCAGAUUAUAAUGUUGUGGCAUCUAUGCCAUGUUUCCAUCAUCCACCGCACCCAGUUCUAUUUGUUGUUCAAUGGAGACCCGAGUGACGAGAUAUAUGUGGAAGUUGAGCUGAAAAGGCUGACGUGGCUGGAGCAGCAUUUUGCGGACCUUGGGAAUGCAAGCCCGGCACUGUUGGGGGAUGAGCCUGCUGGCUCGGUGUCUCAAAGUAUCAAGGCCCUGAGACAAGAACGGGAGGAUCUAGCGAAGAGGGUAAGCUCGAAGCUGGGAGCUGAUGAGAGGGAAUCGCUGUAUGAGAAAUGGGACAUCCCACCGGGAGGGAAGCAGAGGCGGCUGCAGCUGGUAAAUAAACUGUGGACGGACCCGCUCAACAUGGAACACGUCCAUGAGAGUGCAGAGAUUGUGGCCAAGCUCGUCGGCUUCUGUGAAUCCGGAGGCGCAGGGUACGUGAGGAAGGAAAUGUUUGCUCUCAAUCUUGUUAACCCUUCUGACAAGAAGUCGUGGAUGGGCUGGAACUUCAUAUCCAACCUUCUCAACUUUUAAUUCAAUUUGGUCGCCCGUUGAAGAUGAUUUAGCCUGUAGAUUUUGUUUAUUAAGUUUGUAUAUAAGUAGAGAUUGACACUCACGGCCACGGGAUUUUUACGAUGAUCCUACUCCCGUCACCUUAUGGUUGGUGCCGUUUCACAGUCCCCGUUUUUUUUUUUUUGUUUGCUGAUCUUCGGGAAGGUAUAACAGAAGAGUUUUCUUCUUCUUCCAAAUGAUGCACACGACGCCGUUGAAGGAAGUGGAGCACCGUUAAACACGUAGAUUGAAGAUUUUCCGUUUACCAUUUCUAGCCAUUGUCUUAUUCAGUUUUUAUUGUAUUUCGAAUUUACUGUGCAAAGGCACAACUUUGUUUUUUGUCCUAUUUUCUAAUAUGCUCAAUAUAAGCAGAGGAAGAAGAGAAAAGCGAUUACCUAUUAUGAUUCGGGU